AUGGAUUCCAAUCCAUACCGUCAGACUAACUAUGUUGAUCUCCUUACGAGUCAACAAGGAAGCUUUAGUUUUGAUGAAGAUAGUGUCCAAGUAUCUUCAUCGCAAGUCCCUCUUUUUGCCACUGAAGCUUCAACCUGCCCUCAAGACCCUCCUGCAGAGCACAAGGAACCACGGAGGAUGUGGACGCCUGUUGAAGAUAUUGUGCUCAUCAGCGGCUGGCUUAACACAAGCAAAGAUCCAGUGGUGGCAAAUGAGCAACGGCAAGGGGCAUUCUGGAAAAGGAUAGCCGCUUACUUUGCGGCAAGUCCCAAGAUUGCAGCCGGUGCACACCGAGAAGAAGGAAACUGCAAGCAGCGUUGGCACAAGAUCAACGAUCAAGUGAACAAGUUCUGUGGGGCUUUUCAAGCAGCAACUAGAGGGAAGACUAGUGGGCAAAAUCUCGUUGAAUUUUAUUAA